CAGAAGCAUCGGCUGUUACACAGAUUGUGUUGCAGCACGUGUCAUUAUUGUGACAUCACUUGAUGACAUCAUUGGUAACAACAUUACACAUGAUACACAAACAGAAUCAGACAUUAAAAAUAGUACACAGUGUAACGCGUGUAGCUACAUCCUAUGUUACUGUCUUGGCUACAGAAUCAACAACUUCCAGUCUUUUUGUGAGUUGUUGCGGACACGAGUUCCUCGUCUCCAUCUCUGGGCGGCAAGUUGUUUCCAUGACUACGCACCCACCGGCUGGCAAGUGAAAUAUUUAACCAGACCCCUCCGCUCUCCUCCGGCCGUCGUCAGGGAAGUCGAGAAGGACGUGAGGAUCACUACACAACGUCAUGUACUGCCGUACAACGAGCGAGGUGUGCCCGACCACACAGACGGCCCGCCAGUCACACGACUGUAUCACCGAGGUCAGGGUCACUCAGGUCGCAGGCCAGUUGACUGUGUGACGUGCGGUCGUGAGAUGGCCAGCUUCCUACACAGUCUCCGUGUUGGUGUUACAGGGAGAAGCACAACAACAUCUACAACAUUGACCUCUACCAGUGGCGACACAACACCACCCUGUCUACAGUGGAGAGACGUGCUGGUGUUGUACUGGGGUAACGUUAGUGAUCAGUCGGGUGUGGUCACAGAACUGCUAGAAGCGGGUAUCCCAGUGCGGGUGAUGAAGAAUCAUGACAUCGAGGACGUGGCCACGGCCCGCAGUGACGUGGUGUGGGUGACAAGUGGACAUCAUGUUCGUGGUCUGGAGAGAAAAGUAGUCGUCUGCCUGAAGAACCGUGAUCACGGUGUAUUUAGUCCUAAGUUUUUACAACAGUACAACCCUACCUCUCUCCGACUUGACCUCAUGUCCCGCUGUACGUCACAACUUGUGAUUGUCUCCCCUGACGACUAGCCGCUAGAAGGUGACUGACACUGACACUGACACUGACACACCUGUCGCCUGCUGUAGUCGUGUGUCAGUCAGUCUCUUACACCAACAAUUGUCUUUUAAUGUUUGUCCUCUUCUACUUUCAGUCUAUCAUUACGUCGUCACCUUAUGAUGUAAUAGAUAUGACGUCAUUACAGAGUUUGGAUCUUUACAAAACAAGUGUCAACGAGUUUGUUUCAGAGGUGUGUGUGUGUUAAUGUUUCAUCAUAUCCUUGCGUUUGUCAGUCUACAAGUGUGAUAUCUGUGUCACUGUGUGUAUAAGCGGUUGUACACGUGCCCUGGCUGCCUUACAACGAUCAGAAGGAAGAGAGUUGUGGAGUCAGAGAGACACCUGGUAAUAAAACAUG